GUAAAAUCUCUGGCUACAUCCUGUCCAGAAGAACUGCAAAAAGGAAAUGUCCUAGCCUGGCCAGAUUUCCUACUAGGAGUUGUUGGAAGAGUGAAGAUAGAUUACAAGAGUAUAUUUUGUGCUGACUGUCCGUCUUUGCAAGGAUCCAUACCACAUCUGCGGGCCUCUUCUGCUGAUUUAAAGCCAGGGUCAAAAGUCAGCCUUUCCUGUGACCCAGGCUUCCAGAUAGUGGGAAACUCUGUUCAACACUGCCUUAACCUGGGACAGUGGACACGGCCUUUUCCCCGCUGUGAAAGAAUCAGCUGUGGAGUGCCUCCACCUUUAGAAAAUGGAUUUUAUUCAGCUGAGGACUUUUUUGCUGGCAGUACCAUCACCUAUCACUGCAACAAUGGCUACUAUUUGUUGGGCGACUCCAGGAUGUUGUGUCUGGACAAUGGGAGCUGGAACAGCAUAUCACCAUCUUGCCUUGAUGUCGAUGAAUGUGCUGUUGGAUCAGACUGCGAUGAGCAUGCAUCUUGUCUCAACACAAAUGGAUCGUAUGUUUGCACUUGCAUCUCUCCUUACACAGGAGAUGGUAAAAAAUGUGCAGAACCAGUGAAGUGCCAUAAUCCAGGAAAUCCAGAUCAUGGCCAUUUAUACGGGGACACUUACAGUGUUGGCAGUGAGGUAACGUUUUCCUGUGAAGAAGGGUUUCAGCUGACAGGAGUGACUAAACUUACAUGCAUGGAGUCUGGAGAGUGGAGCCACUCAAUACCAUAUUGUGAAGCUGUAUCCUGUGGUGGUCCAGUUAUUCCAGAGAACAGUGCCAUUUUGGGCUCAAAUUUUACAUACCACAAUAAGGUGGUGUACAGAUGCAAUGAUGGAUACAAGUUAGUGGGUGAAAAGGAAAUUCUGUGCCUUGCUAGUGGCGUUUGGAAUCAUCCUCCCCCCUCCUGUGAGAUGGUGACUUGUCCUAGCCCACAGGAUAUCAGCAAUGGAAAAUACACACUCACUGGCACAACCUACCUUUCCUCUGUAUCAUACACCUGUGACAAUGGAUACAGCCUUCAGGGACCUUCUGUACUUGUCUGUGCAUCUUCAGGGAACUGGAACAGCACACCUCCAGCUUGCGACAUUGUCUCUUGUGGAUCUCCUCCUGCCAUCAAAGAUGCAGUCAUCAAUGGAAAUAACUUUACUUUUGGAAACACGAUCUCUUACACGUGUAAGGAAGGCUACACGUUAGUUGGCCCUGCAACCAUAGAGUGCUUAGCCAGCGGCAAGUGGAGUGUAAGCCACCAGCAGUGCCUGGCAGUAUCCUGUGAUGAACCACCCCAUGUGGAAAAUGCAUCACCAGAGAGUGGCCACCGCCUCUUUGGCGAUAUAGCUUACUACUUCUGCUCAGAUGGCUACAGCCUGGCUGAUAACUCUCAGCUGCUUUGCAAUGCAGAAGGGAAGUGGGUGCCUCCAGAGGGCAGGGAGAUGCCCCACUGCAUAGCUGAUUUCUGUGAAAAGCCAUCCACCGUCUCGUACAGCAUCCUGGAGUCCAUUAGUAAAGCAAGGUUUGCAGCUGGCUCCAUCGUGAGCUUCAAGUGCAUGGAAGGCUUUGUUCUGAACACUUCAGCCAAGAUCGAGUGCCUUCGAGGGGGCCAGUGGAAUCCUUCUCCUUUGAGCAUCCAGUGCAUCCCCGUUCGCUGCGGAGAGCCUCCCCACAUUAGCAAUGGCUACGCCAGUGGGGCCAACUACAGCUUCGGAGCAGUGGUGGCUUACAGCUGCAACAAGGGGUUCUACAUCAAGGGAGAGAAGAAGCGGACGUGUGAGGCCACAGGCAACUGGAGUGGCAGUUUGCCCACAUGCCACCCAGUGUCCUGUGGAGAACCACCACAGCUUGAGAAUGGCUUUAUUAAGGAAAUAACUGGACGCUUCUUUGAGAAUCAGGCAAAUUAUCAGUGUGAAUCUGGCUACCAGUUGGUUGGGAGCUCAGUGUUUAUCUGCCAAGCCAAUCGGCAAUGGUACAGUGAAUCACCUCCUUACUGUGUUCCCCUCAGCUGUGGAAAACCACCACCUAUCCAGAAUGGCUAUUCCAAGGGAGAAACUUUUGAUAUGGGCUCCAAAGUUGAGUUCUUCUGUGAUGAAGGCUAUGAGCUGAUUGGAGAUGUUUCUUGGACAUGUCAGAAGUCUGGGAAAUGGAGCAAAAAGCAAAGCCCAAAGUGUGUGCCAACAAAAUGUCCAGAACCACCCUUGGCAGAAAACCAUCUGGUCUUGAGGGAAGUGACUUACCAAGUCGGUGUUGUACAGUUCUCCUGCAAGGAGGGUUAUGUUUUGCAUGGCUCCUCUGUGCUUAAAUGCUUGCCCUCCCAACAGUGGAAUGAUUCCUUUCCCUUCUGCAAGGUUGUACAGUGUCCUGCACCUCCCUACAUCCCCUUUGGUGACCCCUUGACUUCGUCCCUUCAUUUUGGUAGCACUGUGAAAUACAUCUGUGUGGAUGGGUUUUUACUGAAGGGUGAGUCUACCAUCAGAUGCCAGGCUGAUGGCUCAUGGAGCUUGCCUUUGCCAGAAUGUAUUCCUGUGGAGUGCCCCCAACCAGAAGAAAUUCAGAAUGGCAUUGUUGAUGUGCAGGGCCUCACCUUCCUUAGCACAGCCCUCUACACAUGUAAACCGGGCUUCGAACUGGUGGGGAACACAACUAUCCUCUGUGGAGAAGAUGGCCAGUGGCUUGGAGGAAAGCCUGCUUGCAAACCUAUUCAAUGUCCGAGGCCUAAGAAGAUCCUCAAUGGCAAAUACUCAUUCACAAACUUCCAUUAUGGGCAGACUGUUAGAUAUUCCUGUGACAGAGGUUUCCAGCUCCAAGGGGAGGAAACGCUGAGAUGCCUCGAGACAGGAGAGUGGAGUACAGAGGUUCCCUCCUGCAAAGCCAUAAAUUGCCAGCCCCCUCAGCCCAUCGAGAAUGGCUUUGUGGAAGGUGCGGAUUAUAGCUAUGGGGCCAUGGUCAUUUACAGCUGUGUGCCAGGCUUCCAGCUGUUUGGCCUUGCCAUGCAGACCUGUGAAGAAUCGGGCUGGUCUAGCUCCACACCAGCCUGCCUCCCAACAGACUGUGGCCUGCCUCCUCACAUUGACUUUGGGGAGUACAUGCAGGUGAGACAUGGGGAAAGACGUUCUGACCAGGAGAGUGUUACAGAGAGUCCUUCCCUUUCGCAUAUGCUACUGGCCGACAGUCUGAAAGAUUUCAAAGGUCCCUUGAAGGAGGACAGUGCAAUGCAGCUCACCACUUUCUUAUUUGGAACUAUCAUUUUGUACACAUGUUAUUCUGGCUAUGAGCUGCUGGGAAACCCUGUCCUAGCGUGCCAAGAAGAUGGAGCUUGGAACGGCACUGCACCUGCCUGCGUUUCAAUAGAGUGCACUUUGCUGUCACCGCCAGAGAACGGUUUUUUACAUUUCACCGAGAACACGCUCGGUAGCGUGGUGCAGUACACCUGCAAGCCAGGGUUCAUGCUUGUUGGCUCCGACACGCGACUGUGUUUGCCAAGUCGGCAGUGGAGUAACACUGCUCCAUACUGCGAAGCAGUAACAUGCAACUCACCUACCAAGCUUAUGAAUGGGAACGUAAGAGGGGAAAACUACACGUAUGGGAGUGUUGUCUACUAUGAGUGUGAUCCUGGAUACCAGUUAAAUGGCCCCACAGAGAGGAGAUGCCAAGAGAACCAGAAAUGGGAUGGCAGUGAACCGAUUUGCAUUCCUGUUUCCUGCAGCCCACCACCAGUUUUGGAGAAUGGUCAGGUGACUGGAGAGGAGUACAUGUUCCAGAGACGUACAGAGUACAGCUGCAAUGAAGGUUUCCUGUUAGAUGGGGACAGGAGUAGAAUUUGCCUUGCAAACGGAAGCUGGAGUGGAAUCGCUCCAGUUUGCAAAGCUGUGACCUGCCCUGUGCCACUGCCUCUUCCCAAUGGGAGGGUUAGUGGCUCAGAUUUUGGCUUUAAGAAAGAAGUACACUAUCACUGCAACGAAGGAUAUAGCCUGCAAGGAGUGUCUAUGCUUACCUGUCAGAGUGAUGGUACCUGGGAUUCAGAAGCUCCACACUGUGAGCCAGUCAUUUGUGGACCUCCUGAAGACAUCUCCCAUGGCUUUCUGAAUGGCUCAGACUUUACUUAUGGAGAAUUUGCCCAGUAUGUGUGCUUCCCUGGUUAUGAACUGCAUGGCAAUCACUUACGGCAAUGUUUGUCCAAUGGCUCCUGGAGUGGAAGCCCUCCAUCUUGCCUACCCUGUCUGUGUCCUACACCACAUGUUCAGAAUGGAGUAGUUCUUGGUGCAGAUUUCAGCUGUGGGAAAAGCGCACAGUUUCAAUGCCUGGAGGGCUUCAAACUGCUAGGGCCUUCUGAAGUCACCUGUGAGGCAGCUGGCAAGUGGAGUUCUGGGUUUCCUCGCUGCGGACAGAUUUCCUGUGGCUCUCCACCUGUCAUCCCCAACACAUUUAUCAAUGGGAGCAGCUCUGCAGAUGAGAACACCAUCAUCUAUACCUGCUUGACAGGUUUUGUCAUGCAAGGGAGUCCAGAACUGACUUGUGUGGAGUCUGGUGUCUGGAAGAAGCCAUACCCAAGCUGUGAGCUGCUAAGCUGUGGCCCACCACCCUCUGUCCCAAAUGCAGAGGUUCUUGGGAACACUUACACCUAUGGGAGCAAGGUCCAGUACAGAUGCCUGGAAGGCUACACAAUGGUGACAGAGGUGGAUGUAACAUGCACUUGCCAGGAAGAUGGACAGUGGUCUCCUCAAAGUAUUUCCUGUUGCCCCAGAAAGUGUGCCCUCCCAGGAAAGAUCACCCAUGUAAUCAUACUUGGGGACAACUUCACUGUGAACACAAACAUCACUUUGUCAUGUGUAGAAGGCUAUACUCUGGUGGGAGCAAGCACAUCUACGUGCAAGGUAGAUGGCAUUUGGGUGCCAGCGUUUUCUGAUGACAUCUGCGUUCCUGUCUCCUGUGGGAUCCCAGAGUCUCCAGAGCAUGGAUUUGUGGUUGGCACUAAAUACAGUUACAAAGAUGUGGUUCUUUAUAAAUGUGAUUCUGGCUAUGAAUUACAAGGUGAUGCAGAGAGGACUUGCCAAGAAGACAAGCUUUGGAGCAGCACAGUGCCGGUGUGCAGAAAGACCAGAUGCAAAGUUCCAGUUUCCUUGCUGAAUGGGAAGGUGAUUUAUGAAAACAAUACAGUUGGCAGUACAAUAGCAUAUUUCUGCGAGAGAGGAUACAGCUUGGAAGGGAAACCUGCAGCAGAGUGCACAAGUGAUGGAAGAUGGAGUAAUCCCUUGCCUCUCUGUAAACCAAACCCUUGUCCUGUGCCUUUCAUAAUCCCAGAGAAUGCCCUUCUGUCCGAGGUGGAUUUUUAUGUUGGCCAGAACGUAUCCAUCAGGUGCAGGGAAGGCUACCAGCUGAAAGGGGAGUCCGUGAUCACUUGCAAUGCUGAUGAGACCUGGACUCCUGCAACAGCUAAGUGUGAAAAGAUCUCUUGCGGACCCCCAGCUCACACGGAGAAUGCUCUAAUUCGUGGUAGCUUCUACCAGUAUGGAGACAUGAUCACCUAUUCAUGCUACAGUGGGUACAUGCUGGAGGGGCCCCUGCGGAGCAUUUGCUUAGAAAAUGGAACAUGGACAACACCACCUACCUGCAAAGCUGUCUGUCGGUUCCCAUGUCAGAAUGGGGGUGUCUGUGAGCGACCAAAUGCCUGCUCAUGUCCGGAUGGCUGGAUGGGUCGUCUCUGUGAAGAGCGUAUGUAUAUCAUCCCUAAGUGUGAUUUUAAGGAUGUG